AAGAGAAGCAGGCUCACGCUUCAUCCAGUGUCAGGCAGGCGUCUUCUUCCUGCCUUUCUGCUGCCUGCUGCUUUCAUUUUCCCAGUAGUAGUGGUAUAUUUGCACCAAAAAUUCACGGAAGAAGAACAAAAAUGGAUUUAAUUUUCCCGCUGAAAACCCAGUAUUUUAACUCAGUAUCGAAGAAUUGUACUUCGCCGACGUUCUCGAAUGCUCCUUCGCUGCGUGGUUUCCUUCAGGCCUCUUGUCCGUCGCGGACGAACCCUCAAAAAGUUAGGGUUCGCUCUGAAUUCGAUGGAAAAGUGAAUGGUGCUCUCUCCUCUGACUUUGACCCUCGUUUUAUUGACCGGCAAAAAGCUCUUGAUGCUGCCAUGAACGACAUAAAUAGCUCUUUCGGGAAGGGAAGCGUUACACGAUUGGGAAGCGCUGGUGGAGCCUUGGUCGAAACUUUUCCAAGUGGCUGCUUGACGUUGGACUUUGCUUUAGGUGGCGGCCUUCCGAGAGGAAGAAUCGUAGAGAUAUAUGGGCCAGAAAGUAGUGGGAAGACCACUCUAGCACUCCAUGCAAUUGCAGAAGUGCAGAGGCUUGGGGGAAAUGCUAUGCUUGUUGAUGCUGAGCAUGCUUUUGAUCCAGCAUACUCAAAAGCUUUGGGAGUUGAUGUAGAAAAUUUGAUAGUUUGCCAGCCUGAUAAUGGAGAGAUGGCGCUAGAAAUUGCUGAUCGCAUGUGCAGAUCUGGUGCUGUUGAUCUCAUUUGCAUUGAUUCAGUGUCAGCACUUACGCCACGAGCUGAAAUUGAAGGUGAAAUUGGGAUGCAACAAAUGGGUUUGCAAGCUCGCCUUAUGAGUCAAGCUCUGCGUAAAAUGUCGGGGAAUGCGUCCAAAGCUGGAUGUACACUUGUAUUUUUGAAUCAAAUUAGAUACAAGAUAGGUGUAUAUUAUGGAAAUCCUGAAGUGACGAGCGGUGGAAUUGCUUUAAAGUUCUUUGCAUCUGUCCGCCUUGAGAUACGUCCUAUAGGGAAGAUAAAAUCUGUUAAAGGAGAUGAAGAUGUUGGACUUAAAGUUCGUGUAAGAGUUCAAAAGAGUAAGGUAUCAAGGCCAUACAAGCAAGCUGAGUUCGAAAUUAUAUUUGGGGAGGGAGUGAGCAAACUGGGUUGUGUAUUGGAUUGUGCUGAAAUGACCGAUGUUGUCUUAAAGAAGGGGGCGUGGUAUAGCUAUGGUGAUCACAGAGUUGUAAAGCACUUCAAGUCAGCAGCACUCAAUCCUAACACACAAACUUCUGGAAAUGGAAACACGAGGCUAGUGCAUCUUUGGAUUUUGUUACUAAUAUGAGCGCAUAUAUUUUCGAGCUGGGAUAGGGGACAGGACUAAAAAAUAUGGAUAAUAGAGAUGUUUCUUUAGACGUAUAAGCCAUCUUCUCAUGGACCCAAUCUUUAGAAAGUCUAGAACUUAUCUUGCUUUUAUGUUUACCUCAAAUAUAACAUCCGCAAUGCCUUUCUGUACUUACUGGUCAA